AUGGGAACCAACUUUUCUGCGGACGGCGGCGGCGGCGGCGGGGGGGGGGGGACGCCGGUAACUCAGCAUGAAUGCGACGGCACGUUGACAAAAUUCCACACAGCUGUGGAGGUGCAGCUACAAACAACCAUGAUGGUGGGAAUACUAAUCGGUGCUGCUGUCACCGUGCUGCUGAUUGCCCUGAUCAUUCUCAUCGUAUACAGAAGGUUUCAACAGCGAAAGGUUCAACCUCAGGAAUCGCCAAAGUACAGAUUCCGAAAACGCGACAAGGUGAUGUUCUAUGGACGGAAGAUCAUGAGAAAGGUGUCACAAUCCACGUCUUCGCUCGUCGGGACUUCCUCGCGACCCAGGUUGAAGAGGAAACAGAAAAUGCUGAUCAUUGCAAAACGGUAAUGGUUAGCUACAAAUGCAGAGAUACACAAAGACAUAGAAACAGGAGUGGUCUGUUCAGCCCCUCUCGAGCUUGUUCUGCCAUUCUAUCAGAUCAUGGCUGAUCUGUACCUCAACUCCAGUUACCCGCCCUUGCUCCGUAUCCCUUGAUUCCCCCGACCUGACAAAUAGUUUCUCUGUAGCUACCGUAUCAAAUCUCUUUAUCACUUUAAACACCUCAAUCAGAUCAUAA